ACAGGGCCCAUUCGAAGAUAUCGCUCCGAACAAGAUUUUAACAAAAUGAAAAGAUGAAACUAUUUUUUUUUUUCAAAUAACAUUGUUUUCUUCUUCCCACUUUCCCCUGCCCAUACAAUUUUAUUCUGUCACUCUGCUUUUCUCUCUCUCUCCUCCAUUUUCAACUGCAAUUUUUCUAUUUGAAUCCAAAACAAAAUUCUCUUUUUAUACAAAUCCACAUGCUCUUUGAUUAAUAUAUUUGUUAGUAAUAUUUUGAUCUGAGUCAAUAUUUGCUAGGGUUUAUAUAAAUUCUCAAUUCAUCGAACUUUUACCAAAACAAAUUAAUUAAUUUUUUUGUUGUGGCUAAUUUUUCCUCGUUUGAUUCAUUUCUACGAGAAUCAAUUAGCCUAAUCAACCCCUUUUCGUUUUCUUGAAGAAUUUCUGAGAUAAUCGAUAUAUAAAUUGCAAUUUAUCGAUAUAUAUAGAGGAAAAAAAGGAUUUUUUUUUUGGAUAUAGAUAGAGAUUUUUGGGGUUUUUCAUAUAAAGAGAUGAUGGGUAGUGGAUUACAGUUCAAUCGGAGUUUUAACGGUGAAGAUCGGUUUUAUAGUGCUGCGAAGGCUCGUCGGAAUGUUAAUCGGAGUUUUAAUGGUGAGGAUAAUUUACGGAGAGCUAAGAGUGAUGUUGCUGUUAGUAAUUUUCCGGCGAAGACGAAAAUGAAGGUGGCUGCCGUCGAUGAAUCGAAGAAGGAGUUACCGGUCGCUGCUGCCGUGCCGACAUCGGAAGUUUUGCCGCUUUGUAAUCUAGAGCGGUUUUUGAAAUCUGUUACUCCUUCAGUUCCUGCUCAAUAUCUAUCUAAGACAACUAUUAGGGAUUGGAGGACGUGUGAUGUGGAGUUUCUGCCUUACUAUGUACUUGGCGACUUAUGGGAGUCUUUUAAAGAGUGGAGUGCAUAUGGAGCUGGAGUUCCAUUGGUUUUGGAUGAAGGUGAUAGUGCAGUUCAGUACUAUGUACCCUAUUUGUCAGGUAUUCAGUUGUACGGUGACUCUUCAAAGGCUUCAGUCAAAACAAGGCGACCAGGUGAGGAGAGUGAUAGUGACUAUUUUCGGGAUUCUAGUAGUGAUGGAAGUAGUGACUCUGAACACGAGAGACGUUGCUUGAAUUAUUCAAGGGAGCAACGGAUGUAUCAUAGCCAAGCAAGUGAAAGCUCUCUUAGUAUCGAUGGAUUAUCAUUAAGAGACAGUAAUGCUACCUUCCAAGAAGGAUUUUCAAGCGAUGAGGGUGAAUCUGGGUCUUCUCAAGGUGCCUUGCUGUUUGAGUAUUUUGCACACGAUCAGCCUUAUGGUCGUGAACCUUUGGCAGACAAGAUAUCUGAUCUUGCCCAACGUUUCCCCGAAUUAAAAACAAUGAGAAGUUGUGAUCUCCUUCAUUACAGUUGGAUUUCUGUGGCCUGGUAUCCAAUUUACCGGAUACCUACGGGACCUACUUUAAAAGCUCUGGAUGCUUGUUUUCUGACAUUUCAUUCUCUUCAUACACCCAUGCCAGGAAAUCAAAGUGGUCAUACCGCGUUUGUUGCAUGUCCAACUGAUAUGGAUGCUGCCCCUAAGAUUCCACUACCUGCUUUUGGCCUUGCUUCAUACAAGUUUAAAGCGUCACUUUGGACUCCAAAUGGCGGACCUGGAAGACAGUUAAUGAGCUCGCUCUUACAAGCUGCUGAUAACCGGCUAACGCUUCUUCAGGUCAAUCACCCUGAUUUCAGUUUCUUCUGCCAGAGGUGAAAAUGAGAUACUCUCCUCUGUUUGUGGUUAGAGAACCACUCUGUGGUUGAUACAGCUGUUGAUUUUCCAAGGAAAAAUGGGUUAAGACUUAAGGAUUCGCUCUAACCUUUAGUUACGAUGCUGUUAUCUAUA